AUUUCUCUUUUUGCUCUAAAACCCUAACUCAAGGAACUCAGUCAUCAGCUACAAUGGCGCCGAAGAAGGAUAAGGCUCCACCUCCGUCAUCGAAGCCGGCGAAAUCCGGUGGCGGCAAACAGAAGAAGAAGAAAUGGAGCAAAGGAAAGCAAAAGGAGAAGGUGAACAACAUGGUUUUGUUUGAUCAGGCAACUUAUGACAAGCUUCUUAGUGAAGUUCCCAAGUACAAGCUUGUUACUCCUUCAAUUUUGUCUGACAGAUUGAGGAUUAAUGGUUCACUUGCACGCCAAGCAAUUAAGGAUUUGAUGGCCAGAGGUGCCAUUAGAAUGAUAGCUGCGCAUGCCAGCCAGCAAAUUUACACUAGGGCUACCAACACCUAGACAACACCAAAUUUGUAUUUUUCGUUCCUUCCCUCAAAAGCAUUGAUGGAAAACUAGUUUCUAAAUGUUUCGAUUUUCGCUACAUUCAUGGUAUUCUUUUUUGGUACUGGCCAAAUGCUUAUCAUAUCUCUUGGAU